AGGUUAGCCGACAUUCACCUCUCCUAGACCUUGCGUAAAGCGGGAGCCUUGUGCACUGGAUAGGGAUGGCCUCUCCCACUGCAGAUACCAAAUAUUCCAUUAGAUCAGUGAAGUACAGAGACAGCCACCAGCUUUACGACGUGGUUUUUGGCAGCACCACCAUCAAAACCUUGGUCACCAGAAAACCCGAAAUAGUGGAUUCUUGGGUAGGAUGCAUGCGAAGCCGUGACGACAAUAUUAACAUCAUAGGACUCGACAUAGAAUGGCGUUGCAAAUCCUUGACAGGAGAUCAUACUCGCCCUUCCACUUUGCAGUUCUGCACCGUCCAACGCUCUCCCGGAACAAAAUAUUUUUCCCUCGACGAGGGUGGUGGGAAUGGUUAUAAAUGUCUUGUCUUUCAGUUUAAGGAUUGUGACAAGGUUCCGCAGUCGAUCGUUAACUAUCUUGGCAGCAAGAGUUGUGUGUUUGUUAGCGAGAGAAUGACAUACAUCAAGGAUAAGCUGGAGGAGCACUAUAAAUUGGACGUGGCAUAUCCGAUCGACAUUAAUCAAUUCAUCAAGGUUAGGAAGCCUGAGAAGCCUACUAAUGUGAGAAACAGUGACUGGGACAAAUCGUACCUUGAUCCUACUCAGGUUCGCUACGCUUGCUUGGAUGCUUUAAUGUCAUACGAGGAAGCUUCGCGUUUCAUAAGUACAAACAAGGGCCUCAGGAAAGUGAACCAUAGACUGUCUUUGGAUGGAAUGACGCAAUAUCUUUUCGGUGAAACAGACCCAGAGAUUGCGAUGGAAGAGGAAAAUAAAGAAGAGGAGGAGGAGGAAGAAGAAGAGGACGACUUUGAUGUGAUUGUUUCCGACGAAGUGGAAGACGGAGACUAUGAUAUGGUAGAGGAAGAUGAAGACUUUGACAUGAUUUCUCACCAAGAUGUGUAUGACUUGGAAUAUCCACCUCUAAAAUAAAUACUGAAUGCUGGUUGUUUCUGUGACACAA